CCUGUGUGAGAAUGCGACGAGAGGUGUCUAGCUAGUUGUAAUAACUGUUUUUUUUGUUGGUGUGUUUGAUACAAUCAUACAAGUGAGUAAGUACUUUACAAUGCAUCAGAGUUAGAUAGGCAACCGUGUUGUACCUGUGGAAAGGUUGUUAGAUUGAUCUCGAGUUCUGAAUUUAGAGGUAUAAGAAUCAAAUUAGAAGAACAGAAAGAUGGAAAUGCAGCAAUACUAUGCCCAUGAAUGGAAAUCCAUCUCAGGUGCUGCAGCCGAUUCUGAAAAUUCUAAAGGCGGCUUUGACUGUAACAUUUGCUUAGACUUUGCGUUUGAUCCCGUGGUCACCCUCUGUGGCCAUCUGUACUGCUGGCCUUGCAUCUACAAAUGGCUUCACGUCCAGAGCGCCUCCCUUGCCUCUGACGAGUGCCCUCAGUGCCCUGUUUGCAAGACUGAGAUAUCACACACCACCAUGGUGCCCCUUUAUGGUCGUGGCCAAACAACAUCAGAAGCUGAACUUAAAGGAAAGGCACCCUCCCGGGGAAUAAUCGUACCUCCCAGACCAUCGGCAUGGGAUGCACAAGCUCUAGUAUCUAACUCACCUCGUAGUCCUCAGCAACUUCCAUAUCGUAACCCUUAUCAGAACCAACAAUACAGCUCUCAUCCCUACAGCGGUUAUGAGGAACAUUCUUCCUCACCACUGCUUAGCCUCGGAGGCACGACGUUAUCUGGUAUCAGCCAUCCAAUGGCUGGUCAAUUGGGGGAGAUGGUUUACGCAAGGGUGUUCGGAAACUCUGAGAGCUUAUAUGCGUACCCGAAUUCGUACCACCUAACUGGCAGUAGUAGUCCAAGGAUGAGAAGGCAUGAGAUGCAGGCAGAAAAGUCGCUAAACAGAAUUUCCAUCUUCCUCUUCUGUUGCUUGCUUUUGUGCCUUAUUGUUUUCUGAGUAUAGUGUAUAGUAUAUAGGUCAUUCUCCCUCUCCCUCCAGCCAUUUUGUAUACUGUAUAAUAGGUAUGAUCGUCCUCUUGAAUAUAAAUAGAUGAGAUGAGAUGAGAUGUGCAUUAUAUGAGUAA